UUUUUUUUCUUCACUUUUUCUUAAUGCAACCUUUGUUUGAAGCCUCAGGUUGGGCACUCCCUAAGAAUAUUGCUCAACAAGCAGUAAAAAAUGAUAAGAAAAAGAACAAGCCAGCACCUGACAGUACAACAGAAGCCGAUCAACUUCAAGCUGAUCUAGCCAAACUAAACGAUCAAGCUGUCAAACCAAGCAAGAAAGCUCAAAAGAAAAACAACAAAAAAAGAGCUUUAGAGGACCAAGAAAAAGUCGAAAAAACAGCUGAAAACAUGAAAAAGAAACCUAAAAAGACAAAUGACACUGCUCAAAACAACAACAAUAACAAAAAAGCAGAGCAAAAAAGAAGCUUCAAGCAUUUGUUCCAACAAAAGCCUGAAUUAUUUGACGAAUACCAUGAAGGCUUCCGGCAUCAAGUAGAAUCAUGGCCAGUUAAUCCUGUCGAUGUGGUUAUUGAGCAACUCAAAACAUUGCCCAAGAACACUGUGAUUGCUGAUUUAGGCUGUGGUGAUGCCAUGAUUGCUCAGACACUCAAGAAGCAAAAAGUUUUGAGCUUUGAUUUGAUUGCAAAGAACGAAUUAGUCACUGCUUGCGAUAUCUCUAAAUUGCCUCUGGAAGCAAACUCCAUUGAUGUUGCUGUCUUUUCAUUGUCUCUUAUGGGUACAAACUACCUUGAUUUUCUGAAAGAAGCACAUCGUGUACUCAAAGUUGGUGGUGAAUUGAAGAUUGCCGAAGUUGUCAGUCGAUUCAGCGAUUUAGACCAAUUUAUUACUUUGUUGGAAGGUUUAGGAUAUGAUUUUAUGGAUAAAGAUGAUGACAACAAGAUGUUUGUCAUGCUCUACUUUACUAAACGGCCCAAUUAUGAAGAAGACUUGGAUCAAGAAAUGUUGGCUGGUUUAACCAAGACACAGAUCAGAUCUCUCAAAAAAGGCGCAGGCAUUACUCAAUCCAAUAGCAAGUUACAAAAGAAAUCUCAAACUUUAUUGAAGCCUUGUUUGUAUAAAAAACGAUAAAAUCUACAU